AUGGCAGCAAGUGACGCAACGCUGCGGGCUUUCUUUCAGUCCGCCAAGUUUGCCGUUGUCGGCGCCAGUACAAACACCGAGAAAUUUGGAUAUAAGGGGGCAAAAGCUAUUGAAGUUGAUGGGAAGGAGUAUCCUACCGUGGCAUCGUUGUCAGAGUUGCCUAAUCCGCAAGAGACAUCUGUUUCCAUCAUCACCCCUCCUCGGGUUACUCUUAAGACUCUUGAGGAGGCGAAAUCUCUUGGAAUCCAGUCUGUGUUUUUGCAGCCGGGGACUUUUGACGAUGAGGUGUUGAAGUAUGCCAAUCAGAAUUUUAAGACUGUUCUGGCUGGCAACGGCGGGGCGGGGCCCGAGGGCUGGUGCGUGCUAGUCGAUGGUGAUCGCGGUCUCAGGUCUGCUGGAAAGCUGUAA